AUGCCUCCGAAAAGAUUCUCGCUUGAUGAAAAAGCCGAGAUUGCGAAGCACAUCGAUCUCGAGCAAGAUGUCCCAUCAACACCCCAAUGGCGUGCGCAGGAAAGGAAGGUCGUGAAGAAAUUGGACAUGACUCUGAUGCCAACGGUUUGGAUCUUAUAUCUAUUCAAUUACUUGGACAGGAACAAUAUUGCUCAAGCAAGGCUCAAUUCUUUCGAAGAGGAUCUUGGCCUCGUCGGCAACAAUUUCAACACGGCAGUGUCGAUAUUGAAUGUUGGCUACAUGCUUGCCCAACUGCCCUACAACAUGAUACUUACACGCGUCCGACCACACUUAUAUCUUCCACUUUGUGCAGCACUGUGGUCUUGUGUCUCGGCGUCAACGGCAGCAACUCAUAGCUAUAAUGGCUUGAUCGCUGUCCGUUUUGUUCUCGGUAUCGUUGAGGCCCCUUUCUUUCCCGGCGCCUUUUAUGUCAUGUCCUGUUGGUACACUCGCAAAGAGCUUGCUCUUCGUACUGCGGUCCUCUACUCGGGACUUGUGCUGGCCACAGCAUUCUCCGGCCUCAUUGCCGCUGGCGUGUUUGCGGGACUUGAUGGGGUUUCUGGUCUCCCUGGUUGGAGAUGGCUAUUCAUCCUGGAGGGCGCCGGAAGCUUCGCCGCCGCCGUGAUCGCCAUGUUCGUCAUGCCUGACUAUCCCGAGUCGAAGACUGGAAGCGGCAAAUGGUUGUUCUCGGAGGAAGAGCGGAAAUUCGCAGCCGGACGCAUUGCACGUGAUCGCGUAUCUCAGCCAGAGGCUGACAGGUCAGUCUGGUACGGACUGAGGCUCGCUGCGAAGGACUACAGGACCUGGGCUUUUUCCUUCCUCCCACUUGGAAGGGUAAUUGUCACUCAUCUGCGCUUACCAGGAUUUAACAAUUUCUACCCAUCCAUUGUCAAAGGAUUCCAUCUGGGAUCUACUACCAAGACACUGUUGCUCACAGCACCUCCAUAUCUCAUCGGUGCCGCUGUCUCGUUCCUGGUCGCUUAUUCGUCGGAUCACCGCAAGGAGAGAGGUUUCCAUAUCUCAGUACCAAUGGCAGUCGCGAUGAUUGGCUUCAUCAUCUCUGUCGCGACCCUGAAUGUGCCAGCGCGCUAUUUCGCCUCAUUCCUAUAUACUUCCGGCUGCUUUUCUGCCAAUGCGAUGGUGUACACCUGGGCAGCAUCCACACUCAAUCAAACACCAGAGAAAAGAGCCUGCGCGACCGCGAUGAUCAAUCUUCUCAGCCAACUGGGCAAUAUUUGGAGUCCUUACUUCUUCCCAGCAUCUGAUGCACCGAGGUAUACCAUGGCGAUGUUGUUGAUGCUUGGGUUCUCAGUGAUUAGUAUCGGCUGCUGCGUUGUUAUGAAAAUGAGCUUGCGGAGGAGUAAUGAGAAGUUGAGGGAGGAGGCUGAGGAGUCGGGAAGAGAGGUUGUGCUUUUCACCUUGUGA